GCCGCAUUGAACGGAGCAAAGGCCGGAGAGGGGGAGAGAGAGAGAGAGAGAGAGAUGGCAGAAUCUGAUAAACCUCACGCAGUGAUGGUCCCAGGCCCAGCUCAAAGCCACAUCAAAGGACUCUUCAAACUUGCUAAGAUUCUGCACCGAAGGGGCUUUUACAUCACCUUUGUCAACACAGAAUUCAACCAAAGACGAUUCGCAAAAGCCCAAACACCCGAUUCCCUAAUUGGGUUGCCUGACUUCCAGUUCAAAACGAUUCCGGACGAGCUCCCUCCGUCAGACCGGGAUGCCACCCAGGAUGUUACUGCUCUAUGUAGAUCCAUUAGAAGGAACAUGUUGCCACACUUCCGGAGUCUCCUUGGCCAACUCAACGACGCUGCAACAUCGGCUAAUCCUCCGGUGACCUGCAUCGUCUCCGACGGUGUUAUGCCCUUUACCAUCACAGCAGCUCAAGAGCUCGGCAUCCCUGUUGCCAUUUACUGGACUUUAGCCGCUUGUGGCUUUAUGGGCUUUUACCAGUAUCGAGCUCUCCUGGACAGAGGUCUCACACCACUCAAAGGAAAAUACAAAGAACUGAAUGCGUACACUAUAGGAGUGGUGCAAACACUCCACAUGUGGGCAGUGCUGCAAGGAAAGGAAUUUACUCUCUUCUUUUGGCAAAUAUGGAAGGAAAGGCCUUGUUGGUCGUGUCAGACCAGCAAAUCGAUUGGGAAGUACACAGUUUGGAUGCAAUCAUGCCCAUCCAUAUGCGUAGGUGCAGAUACAAAUUACCUAGCGAGUGGGUACCUGGAGACUAAAGUAGACUGGAUUCCAGGAAUGAAGGACAAGGAUGUUCGUCUAAAGGACCUUCCAUCGUUUUUCCAAACAACCGACCCAAACGACGAAAUGUUUAACUUCCUCAUGGAAGCCGCUGAAAAAGCUGUGGAGGCAUCAGCUUUUGGCCUACACACUUUCGAUGCGUUGGAACCGGACGUUUUGGAAGGUAUUUCCUCUUUGUUCCCAAACAUGUACACAAUUGGUCCUCUGGAGUUGCUUCUGAAGGGGACAUCGAAAGGAGAAGACAAAUUGGAAUCUCUGGGCUACAAUCUAUGGAAAGAAGAACAAGAGUGCCUCCAAUGGCUAAAUUCCAAGGAACCCGGUUCUGUCCUUUACGUCAACUUCGGCAGCAUCACCGUCAUGUCACGGCAGCACUUGGUGGAGUUUGCUUGGGGACUGGCCAAUAGCAAAAGCCACUUUCUCUGGAUAAUUAGGCCUGAUCUUGUGAUUGGUGAGACGGCGGUACUGCCGCCUGAAUUCGGAGAGGAAACAAAGGAAAGAGGGAUGAUAGCUAGUUGGUGCCCGCAAGAGCAAGUACUGAACCACCCCGCUGUGGGAGGAUUCUUAACGCACAGUGGUUGGAACUCCACCAUCGAGAGCUUGUCGGCGGGGGUGCCCAUGAUUUGUUGGCCCUUCUUCGGGGAUCAGCCGACCAACUGCAAAUUCACCUGCACCACAUGGGAGGUCGGAAUGAAAAUCGACAAUGAUGUGAAAAGAGAGGCAGUGGAAGGGGUGGUGAGGGAGUUGAUGGAAGGAGACAAGGGGAAGAAGAUGAAGAUCAAGGCAUGGAGUGGAAGGAAUUGGCGGAAGAGGCCGCCGGUCCGGGUGGAUCAUCUACUUUGA